AUGCUUUUAAGUAUACCCAAGUGUUACAAUAAUACAUUAAAAAAUAAUUAUAAAAAAUAUUUAAAUUAUUGGAUUAAUGAUAAAUUAAGAGUAUUUAAAAUAUCUGAAAAUGAUAGAAAUGAAUUUUACACACAUUUUAAUAAGAGUUGUUCUAAUAUUGACGAACUAAAAUCAUUGGAUUUUAAUAUGUCUGAUAUUAAGGAUGAUGAAUAUAAAAAAAUGAAUAUAUUAUAUCAUUUAUAUUAUAACUGCUAUAAAUUUGAGGAAGAAAACACAAAAAAUUUAUCAUGUGCAGAAAUGAAAUCUUCCGAUUAUGCUAAAAUUUGUUUUAAUAAAUUCAAGGAAGGUGUAGAAAUGUGCAAACGUGAAGACGAUAAAGAAUUUUAUGAUGCGCUGUAUGAAUUUUUAGUUUAUUAUAGUAUUGCUAUGCAUAGGAAAAAAUUAUAUAAAAAUAUAGAAUUAAAAUCAUUACCAGAACUGCAAUCGUUCAAUGAUUUAUAUAAAGAAAAUCCUCAAAUAUCAACGAAUACUCCAUGUAAAAAAAUAAAUAGUAAUGUUUUAAUUAAGACACCUCGUCGUAAAUUUGCAUAUGACAUUCAAUUAAAAGGCUCUACUGAAGAUGAUAUGUAUAAAAAAUUGAGUGAAAUUGCUGUUGAUGAAAAUAUAUGUGCUAAACAUUGUAAAAACUUUAUUUCUACGGAAAAUAAUAAUGAAAAAAUAAAAGCACUUUGUGCCACACUAGCAACGAAUUUAAAUAAAUUAAAUACUAUAACUGAUGCAGAAGAUAACCAUAAGGAUAAAUGUUCAAAUUUAAUAUACUGGACAUAUGAUCAAAUAUUUGAUAUAUUUAAUACUGAAGGAGAAUAUACCAAUAACUCAUUAAUCAUUAAUAAAAUUAAUCAAGUAAUUUUUCGUGUAAAUGAAGAAUUAGAUGAAGAUAAAAAAUGUAUUUUUUAUGUUGAUGUUAGUUCUAAUGAUUGGGAUAAAGAAAGAGAUUUACACUAUUAUUUCUUGAAUUUUGAUAGUUUAAGUAAUGUUAAGGAUGAUAAUGCUGAAAAUAAUAAGUACUGUGCCUACCUUAAGUAUAUUUAUGGUAUAUAUAAGGAAAAUGUUAAAAAUUGCUGCGUGCGUUAUAUUAGACCCAGUGAGUACAUGAAAAAUAAAUGUCUACAUUAUUUUAAUUGUGAUAAAAAAUAUUAUCCCCUUGAACUCAUGACUAAGUUGAAGUGCAAAAAUAUUGAAUAUAAAGAAAGCGUAAAAGAUAUUUUUGAUUCUAUAACCGUCGAUCUCAACGUUGUAAGGUAUAGUAUUCUAAUGAAUUCAUUUAAGCAAAUUAUAAACAUAACGGAUGACCCUUUUUAUUUGUUCGUUUUAUCUGUUUUUGGAAUACUUGGAUUCUUUUUUAUAUUUUUUAUCUUUUAUAAAGUAACCAGGCAUACUUUUUAUAUAUAUGUACACAUUCUUUAUGUUAAAUAUAUAAUUCACAUUCCUAAAAUAUUUAGCAGUAUGAAAUAUAUUUAUUAUAAAUAA